AAAAAAAGUGGAAAGCUACCGGUACAAAGUGGUGUAAACAUGGGUACAAAAAAGAAAUCGUCUAGCCAACAGCUUCGCGGGAGGAGGCGCCUUAGAACAUCGGGAAUCGACUCUCCGAUAGUCCGAUUCUGGUCGGUGAGUGAGUUUACUCUAAGAUCGUUUUUCGAUUUCUUUGAUUCCAUUCUGGAAGAGGUUUGGGGGAGAACGGUGCUGAGUUUGCAAACAAGGGACGGAGUUUGCACACAGGAUUACCGCCGAUGGGGGAAGGUUGUCCGUCCGGCCGCCACUAGGGCGGCUGUCGCAGGGACGGUCGCCGCAAGACGACUGUAUGAAUUUAACACAAGGGUUAUUUUGGGUGUUGACAUAAAGGGGAGUCUUUUAUUUGGUUAAUCACCCUAUAUUUCCCGCGCUUUCUCAGAUGAUAUAUUGUUUUUUUUUUUUAUGUGAAAACCUUUUUGAUACUCAAUACUUCCCUUUUUUUUGGAAAAUUUUGAGGCAUUGGGAUUUUUUCAAAGGUUCUCUCUUUUGGGGAGAUGAUUGAGUAUGACCGAUGGGUCAUUUUCACUUGGGGUCCUUUUUUCUUUGAUUUCUUCUCCUGGAACAAUUUCAUUUUCUUGCAUUUUGAAACUGAGUGUAGUUAAGAUUUAAAAAAAAAACAUUCUUGUAGUGUAUGCCACCCGAUUAUGAGUUACUUCUCUGUUUUGAAGAUGAUAGUUUGCUUGUGUGGAAUUCUAAAGGAUCCUACUCAUGGAUAUGAACGUGACAUUGAACACGGGAUCAUAGAUUCAAGAACAGUUUAGAAUCCAAUUUUAAUUAAUUCUCUUUGUGUCACACGUUUUCAAUCAUAUCCCAAUGUAAUUGGGCUUACUCAUAAAUCAUUUUGGAGCUUCUUCCUUUAGCAUUAUAUUUCUUUUUGAAGGACACAAUAAAAGAAUACAUUUUUAUCACUGCCUUAUGUGAUUGUACAUACUCGUAACCCUUUCAUGUGUCCAGAUUACUCAAUAGGCAUAUUUUUGUCUUUUUGAGGUGUACAAAUGCAGGUCAUGGGCUAAUUAAUGCAAUUGGACUCUCAAAUUUCCUUGUUUCAGUUUACAGCAUUUUAUGUACAUUUGAGGUGUAAAAAAGAGGUCACUUUGCCAACAAGUGCAAUUUUCUCAUUGAUGAACUGAAUUUGACAUUCUGAUAACAUUUUUUCAGUUUACGUCUUAGGCUUAUAGGUAGUUUUUUAGACAUACAAAAAACGUUGAUUAGCCAGGGACGAAGGCGUAGCAGACGCAUCCCGGCGAGAACGCAGACGCGCCGGAGCACCAUCGUCAGAGCAGCCACGCAUCAAUCCCCGAGGAGAUACCGGAGACGAAGCACCAAGGCUGGAGCAUAAAGCAGUUCCAGCAAAUCGAAAGCAGCAGUCAGCAAGGAGAUUGGGUCUAGCAAAGGGACAUGGAGGAACAAUUCAUACUCAGGGUUCCACCUUCCGUGGCUGAGCAAAUUGACCGCCUUCUAAGUGAGAAUGCUUCUUCAGAAGACACAGGACUGGAUUUGACAUUUUCUGAGGAUGGUAGGAGUGGCACAUUUGUCAUUGGAAAUGAACGCUUCCCUGCGUCCCUCUUGGAUCUUCCUUGCAUAAUGGAAUCUUACAAAACCUAUGAUGACAACGUGCUGAUAAAAACUGCAGAUAUUGGUCAGAUGAUCAUGGUUAGGGAAGAAGGAGAUCCUGCUCCCGAUGCAGCGGAGUACAGACAUGGCCUCACCCCUCCAAUGAGAGAUGCUCGGAGGCGAAGGUUUCGCAGGGAACCAGAUCUAAAUCCGGAGCUUGUGAGGCGUGUUGAGAAAGAUUUGCAGAAUAUCAUGGCUGGUGGAACAGCAGAGAAUAUCGAUGUGGGAGUUGCUGAACAGGAGGAAGAUGCCGCGCGCGCUUCUAAUAAGAAAGCGGCAGCACCUAAGCCUGCAACAAAGCCUCACGUUCCGCCCGAGCCUGAGAGAAGUGAUUCUGAUGAGUCGGAUGAUUCACUGUAGCCAUCCCCCACCCCACCCCCACAAGCACACACCAAAUCAGUUCUCACAAAAACUUUGUGGAUAGAUGUGUAUGUAUGCAGAGGAAUAUCUGCUUGAAUCAUACAUUGACUUAUAUUUCAAUUGUUGUCAUUUGUGUUUCUGAUCUUCAUUCUCACCGAUUUAUUGCCUAUGAAUCG